AUGCCUCCGCUACCGGGCGAAGAGCGUCUACUAACCGUUUUCGCCGAUAUUCAUUCUUAUUUCACGGUGCCAACCCCAAAGCCUUUACACCACCGGUUUGAUAAGGGCUCGUAUCUAUAUAUCUACCACGAUGAUGCCGACAACAAGGCAAGAAUCGAGGUUGCCAACAAUCCAGGAACAUCUGAUCAAGAUGCAUUCCAUGGAGGCUUGGAGAAUGUCCAUAUCCGUCAUUCAACCCAGUUCCCUACCCAAUGCACUCUGACAGUGGAUGGGCUUGGUUCGCCGCACCAACCUGCCCAUUAUGAAUGGCGCCUCCCCAGUGGAGAUCCCCGCAACGAGCGUCAUAGCCUCCUACGUCUGCACACACUCGACAUCUAUUUCUGGACUCUGGAGGAUGCAAAUCAAUUCCUGAGACAUCGCCCUGCUCAGUCAGAACAACCCAUGAGCUCGGUCGUACAGCAGCUUGAGAAUGUCGCCGUGACUGAUCCAGCCUACCAGAAUGGCCAGACACGCAACUCGCGUUCCGAGAUCCCAUCAGGAACUGCGCCCGCUAUACAAGGGAUCCAACAAGUUCCUAGCUUCCCACCACCGCCUCCAAGCGGACCAACAGCCGACGAACAACAACCCAGCUCGGUACAGCAAUCCCCAGUAUUGGAACAGAAAACACCAGAGAGCUUUGCACCUCUGCCCUAUAACCCAGCCGCACCUGCAGCCCCAGAACCGAUCAAACAUCGCGAGAAGACUCCGCCCCCAGAAGAUGGAGCUAAUGGCACCGGUCUCGCAGCGGCGGUGGCAGCUGACCAUGGCGUCCCAUAUACCCCGCCGUCGCAGGUAGGCGGAGCUGUGGGAAUGGCCGCUCUCACAAGCCCGCAAGCUUCACAGGGUAUCUCAUACAAUGGCCCAUCAGUAACUGGAGCAACAGGAUACGCUUCGCCCCCGCCAAGUGCAGGCCUAACAAACCCAGCAACGCUCUCGAGUCGUGGCUCGAUCCAAAGCCCAGGAAUACCCUCGUAUCAACAAUCCUUCCAGCCUAGCACGCCGGGAUCAAUGUCUUUUGCCCCGCCACCGCAAGAUCCCAACGCCCACCUUUAUGCUCAGCAGCAGGCGCAGCAGGCGCAGCAGCAGCAGCAACUCUAUGGCUCACCACAAUCACCACCAGCUCACCAACCCAACCAAGCCGUACAAAUCGCCGGAUACUCGAACUUCUCAUAUGAUAAAUCACAACAACCACAGCAGCAGACACAGCCCGGUGCGUCAGAGUACGAUGUCCACAACCAACUCUACAGACCAACCGAAACAGAGGCCAACUCGCAUGUAUACCAACACGCGCAAAAGUCCAUGAAGAACUCCGGAACCCGGGGCCGCAAGCUGGAGGACAAGGCGGAUAAACUGGAGAGCGGGAUGAAUCGCUUCUUUAAGAAGUUGGAAAAGAAGUUUUAA